AUGGACGUGAAAAUGGAAGACUUGUGGACGCACCCGGACCAGCAGCAGCUUCCGCCGCCGAUGUACGACGCCUUCGACGUCGACUUGGCCCUGGUCCCCUGCGACAUCCCCACCGCGUUCGCCCCCGGCCCCUCCCCCAUGGCGGUGCCCCCCAUGGGGCUCGACUUCAACCAGUUCGGCGACUCCCAGUUCGCCCAGGGCAACAACAUGUUCGCCCUGCCCAUCCUGGUCGGCGACGACGCCGCCGGCGACGCCAACAGCGCCACCUCCAACCACACCGCUGGCACCGCCCCCCGGGGCAAAAAGAAGCUGAAGCGCGACCUCGCCAACGAGCAGGACCGCCUCCUCAUCGCUCGCGACGAUUCCGAGCUCACCCCGGAGGAGUUGGCGUUGAAGAGAAAGGCGCAGAACCGCCAGGCACAACGAGCAUUCCGUGAACGUAAGGAGACGCGGUUAAAGGAGUUGGAGGCGAAACUUGUCCAGCUGGAGGAAGAGCGCCAGCGGCUCAUGGACCAGCUCGAGUGUAUGCGUGCCCACAACAUGAACAUCCAGCUGGAAAACCAGCAGCUCAAGGCCAACGUGCUGCCGUCGUCGACGCUGCCGGACUCGCAGCAAUCGCUCCCCACGACCAACACCCUGAACGUCAGCGCGUUUGAGUUCCCCCUCUCCCAGGACCAGUUCUUCCGCGGGUUGCUCGACGGCACCUCGCACGAGAUCAAGGCCGACCACGUCAACCGCGUGUACACCCUGCCCGAUCUGGAAGACAAGUUGUUGGCGAUUGGCGCCGUGUGGGACUAUCUCUUGGCGCGCCUGGAGGAGGCCGGGAUCGAGCUAGAAACCGAAGAUAUCCAACUGAUAAUGAAUAGAUUACGGGGUCAAGAAAAGUGCCACGGGUUCGGGCCCGCCUACUCGAUGAGCGUCGUCAACGCCGCGUUUGAAGCGGGCAUCACCCACGGAUAA